UAAAAUUAAUUAAUAUCUACUUUCAUUAUAAAUUUUUUAAAUAAUGUCUACAGAAGAAAUUGAUAAUACUUUAAAACGUGCUGCACCGAAUGAUAACAAUUCAGAUGAAGACGCUGACGAUGGCGGUUGGAUCGGUCCAUUGCCAUGUGAGCAGAUUGAAAGUAUUAAGCCGAAAAAAAAGAGAAUAUUGCCAUAUGAACAAGUUUAUUUGGAAAACUUACCAAAUGCAGAAAGUUAUGAGAAGAGUUAUAUGCACCGUGAUGUUAUAACCCACUUGGUUAGUACAAAAACAGAUUUUAUUAUUACGGGCAGCAUUGAUGGACAUAUAAAGUUUUGGAAGAAAAUGGAAGAAGGCAUAGAAUUUGUUAAACAUUUUCGCAGUCAUUUAUUGCCAUUACAUUCUUUGACUGCAAACGCCAGUGGGACAUUACUAUGUUCUGCAUCAGCUGAUAAGUGUGCCAAAAUAUUUGAUGUGGUUAAUUUUGAUAUGAUAAAUAUUAUAAGAUUAGGAUUUAUACCACUUACAACGGAAUGGAUACAUUCACCUGGUGAUGCUGUACACAGUUUGGCAAUUUCUGAUACAGAAAGCAAUAAAAUAUAUAUUUACGAUGGCGAAGGAAAUGGUGAAAUUCUACACUGUUUGGAUAAAUUACAUUCAGCACCGGUAAUUGAAAUGUGCUUUAAUGUUGCAAAGGAAACAGUAAUAUCAGUGGAUAAAAAUGGUAUAUUAGAAUAUUGGCAGAAUUCAAAGAAUGACUAUGCGUUUCCACAAAAAUUGGUCAAUUUUGAUUCAAAGCUAGAUACAAGCUUAUUUGAAUUUGCGAAGAGUAAGACUUUGGUAACUGGACUGGCAUGUACGCAAAAUGGCAGGCGUUUUGCUGCAAUUUCUACGGAUCGUAAAGUCAGAUUAUUUAAUUUUAAUACUGGAAAAUUGGUUAAAGUUUUCGAUGAGGCUUUAACAACAUUUACACAAAUGCAACAAACUCCACAUGCUUUACCAAAUAUGGAAUUCGGGCGAAGAAUGGCAACAGAACGUGAUUUGGAAAAAUCAGAAUUUAACACAUACAGCAAUAUAUUAUUUGAUGAUAGUGGUUACUUUUUAAUGUAUCCAACAAUGUUAGGUAUUAAAGUGCUGAAUAUAGAAACAAAUCGUUGUGUGUCGAUUUUAGGUAAAACAGAUAAUAUCCGUCCUAUACAAAUAACAUUACUGCAAGGAAAGUCAAAACGUACAAAAGCUGCUAUAACAUUGGAACAAGAAGCAAGCGAUAAUCCUGCUUUACAAUCGAUGAUAACAGAUCCAACUAUAUUUUGUACUGCUUAUAAAAAACAACGGUUCUUUCUGUAUAGUCGACGAUUACCAUCGGAUCUACAAGAUGUUGACAGAGAUGUUUUUAAUGAGAAACCUUCAAAAGAAGAUAUAAUUGCUGUACCUGAGGGUCAAGAUUAUGAAGAAGGUAUGCAAAGGUUGUACGAAAAUGUUAUUUUACAUACAACAAUGGGUGAUAUACAUAUGAAAUUAUUUCCCAAAGAAUGUCCAAAAUCUGUGGAGAACUUUUGUGUACAUGCGAAAAAUGGUUACUACAAUAGUCAUAUAUUCCAUCGUGUCAUAAAAGGUUUUAUGAUACAAACGGGUGAUCCAACUGGCACUGGUACUGGUGGUAAAUCAAUUUGGGGACACGAUUUUAAAGAUGAAUUUGUGUCAAGUUUAAAACAUGAUCGUCCUUACACAGUUAGCAUGGCAAAUGCUGGUCCGAAUACAAAUGGCAGUCAGUUUUUUAUAACAGUUUUACCAACGCCUUGGUUAGAUAAUAAACACACUGUGUUUGGAAGAGUUCUACGUGGUAUGGAAGUUGUGCAAAAUAUAUGUGCUGCUAAAACUAAUCCAAAAACGGAUAAACCUUAUGAGGAUAUUAAAAUUAUAUCAAUACAUUUAAGUAAUUAAAUUUUUUUUAUAUAAAUAAUUUG